ACUAUGAAGGGAAGAGGAGACUAUAGGUAGAACUGGGAGUCGGAGCCAUAAACAACUCAGACGAGGUGUAGACGCGGCAGCGAAAGGGUAUACAGUGGCUUAGCUUAAUCUUCGUUAUUUCGUUACUUUUCUUUUUCGUUAUUAAAGUACACUCAUGUGUAGCGAGGUGUUGGCAUCGACAGUCAUUGUACAUCUCGACACGUUUCCGUACCAUAAAGAGUACGGGUUACCGGAAGGUUACAGUGAUUCAGUCGUCUUGUGGUUGUAGAAUUUAACAAAUCAAAACAUCGGACAGGGAAUUUCGUUUUAGUCCAGACAGAUUGGUGUUUCCUGUGUCUGUCUGCCUGUUGUGCCCAAAAUAAUUGUCAUUUUCACAGAACCUGAGGUUUUAUCAACUUACUUGAUGACACUCUUAUCCAGAAAGUAGGAAAGAUCGUGCACGACUAACGAGUGUUCAAAACAAGAGAAUCUCUAUUACUACCUACUAGUUUCAGUUGUCAGUUAUUCGAUAUUCUCUGAACUGAAGGACAGGAAGACCAUAGAUAUCCCCAGGUACCUAUAGGUAUAACACCCAGUUCGCGACUGAGUAGUAUAGGUAGGUAAACCUACCUAGUUGAUUACCGAGACUGCUUCGAUAAGUACAGAUUUGUCGCGGAAGGGCAGGAUAUCUUCCACUGCAACGAAUCGGACCGAAUACCUAGCCACAACUUUCGAAAGUAACCAACCAACGAAUUCUGUAACACUAUAAGUCUUCGAAGUUUGUAACAGAAAAUGGCCCCAACCAUGGAGCCAAAUGUUGGUGACGACGAAUCGUGGCAUCGUAUCGUUAGAGAGCAUCCAGUAAUGAGGAUGUGCAGGAAUGAUAAAGAGUCUGGUAUGGAGUACGUGAACAUUCCUCACGUGGUGGCCAUGGUGGGUCUGCCUGCACGUGGAAAGACCUAUAUAGCUAUGAAGCUUGCCAGGUACCUCAACUGGGUUGGCUUGCCCACUAAAGUUUUCAAUGUAGGAGAUUAUCGACGUCAAGCCAUCGGAAGUUACAAAGGACAUGAUUUCUUCCAUCCCAGCAACAGAGAAGGCACCAACAUUCGCAACAAGUGCGCUUUAGAUGCGCUUCAGGAUGUGUGCGAGUUCUUAAAAUCUGGUGGAAUGGUUGCUGUGUAUGAUGCCACAAACACAAAUAUGGAGCGCCGUCAGCUAAUUCACCAUGUGAUUAGUGAACGUAUGGGUUAUAAACUGUUCUUCAUUGAAUCCGUAUGCAAUGACCCAGCCCUUAUUGAAACAAACAUCAUGGAAUGCAAAGUGACAAACCCUGAUUACACAAACAUGGAAAAAGAAGAUGCAGUGAAAGACUUUUUAAAGAGAAUUGAGCAUUAUCGCAUUACUUAUGAACCAUUAGAUGAAGAAAGAGAGAGUGUUUACAGCUUUAUGAAGAUCUUUGAUGCUGGACGAAGAGUGGUGGUACACAAACAAGAAGGACAUAUUGAAAGUCGCAUCGCUUAUUACUUGAUGAACAUCCACAUUACGCCACGAUCAAUAUAUUUAACUAGGCAUGGUGAGUCAGUCUUUAACCAACUUGGCCGGAUUGGAGGCGAUUCUGAUUUAUCUCAUCGUGGAAGACAGUAUGCUAAUGCUAUGGCAAAGUUCAUUUCCAACCAAAACAUUCCCAACCUUCGCGUAUGGACAUCUUGCAUGAAGAGAACUGUUCAGACUGCUGCUGGUAUAAGUGCACCACAGGAAAGGUGGAAAGCAUUAAAUGAGAUAGAUGCUGGUAUAUGUGAAGGUCUGACAUAUGAAGAAAUUCAAGAGCAGUAUCCAGAUGAAUUUGCUGCACGUGAUCAAAACAAAUACUCUUACAGAUAUCCACGUGGAGAAUCAUAUGAAGAUGUCGUUGUGAGACUUGAGAGUGUUAUUAUGGAGCUAGAACGUCAAGAGAAUGUUUUGGUAGUAGGACAUCAAGCAGUUCUGAGAUGUGUUUUGGCCUACUUUCUAGAUAAGCCUGCCGCUGAACUUCCCUACAUGAAAGUUCCUCUUCAUACACUGAUCAAAUUGACUCCUCAGGCGUAUGGUUGUAAAGUUGAGUUUUUCAAAAUCCCAAUUGAUUGUGUGGACACUCAUCGGGCCAAACCUGUGGUAACGCGCAGUGAUGAAGGCAAGGAAGAGGACAUGAGAGGAGCAUCUUCUGGAGUAGAUGUUAUAGAAGGAACACAAGUCAGGGUUUUAGAAGGUCUUGUGGAUGAAUUAUCUGUUCAUGAAAAUAAUACUUACAACUAUGAUCAAGACUUGGAAAGCCCACAGGGAGCUGUAGGUGGAGUUCAGUUACAGGAGUCUGCUAGGGCCCUGUCGGCAUUUAGACGGCCAAGGGACUGAAGCAUUUCUUAGGUAUCACAUAGGCUAGACUGUGAUAUCAUAGUUUAAAAUGGAAUUUGAAUGAGCAGACAAAUUGGAGGUGUUUAAAGAAAAAUUGUUUUACAUCUAAAAGCCACUUUAAAUAUUCUGAAUGACAUGCACUGCAAAGCAUGUUUCUAGAAAUUCCUUGCUUCCACCUUUUGUCAUCCAUUUUUUUUAGAUUAUAAAACUGUAUAAAACUUCCCUUUUCCAAGUGACUAGCUUUUAAAGUAUACAAUACAGUAUACUAAGAUGACAUUUCUUGACUUAUUUAAAAGUUCUACUAAUUACCAUACCUGUAAUUACAUUAAUGAUUUUAAUGAAUGUAGGUUGUCUAGGUUAAUGGUUAAAUGAAGUUUUUAGAAUCCAUGAUUAGAUAGCAGGAACUGGAGCACAACCUAUUUUAUUUUUAUAAGUCAAACCUAAGCAUCAAGUAAAUUAGUACUGGUUUGGCAACAUGAGUACAUAUUGAACUUUUGUUCAAAACUGUACGUUUGAAACUUUCUAUUUAGUGUAUUGUGAUUACUGUUCUUAAUUCUUAACCAUAGGGAAGAAUUUGAAUUAAUUAAUUCCUGUCAAGAAACUCUCUUAAAACACUUUAACAGGAUCAAGUGUCAAUUGUGCCAUGUAACAUGAUUGCAAAACUAACACUGCCUUAGUUACCGGUACCCAAUAUUAAUCCUAUAUUUUUAAAAUAGAAUAUUCUUUUAUGCUUUUAGUGAAGAAAAUUGUUUAUUGUAGUUUUUUAAAUUAAAAGAAGAUACUAUCUGGAUAAACCUGAAUCCAUCCUUUUGAGAAACUCCGGUUAGUUUGAAUUGAACUAAUGACGGGGCACAUUAGAAAAUAUUUCUCCUUAGUGACAGGCAACCAAUGUACUUAUUAUCUGUGACUUAAUUGUUAUCAGAAAAGUGUGACACCUUAGAAUGAAA